UUGGUGGUGUACCGGUACGCCUGUUCAUAGGCAAAGAUAGUCACAUUGGUAGAUCGGCGACUCGGACAAUCUUGGUGCGUCGACAACGUUAUCGACGACGCCGUUCUAUGAGAUAGAUUCGACGGCGACCAGGAUCUCAUGCAAGAUAUGCUCGUUGCGAGGGCUCUGCAGCCCUGGUCGCGCUCGGUACCUACAGAGCUCACAAGGAUCAUCAUUGAUGAAAUUGCCCAAGACCAACACCAAGGUAAAUCCACCCUGGAGGCCUGUGCUCUCGUCUGCCGAGCAUGGACACCCAUCGCCCAGAUGCACAUCUUCCAUUCUCUCCACAUAACGGUUCACAUAGACUGCUGGAAGUCGCCCCUUCUCUUCUUCGCUCCCUCUAUUCACGUAUCAAAGAACGUCGGUGCACUCAGUCGGCUCCUCAGAUCUUCCCCUCACAUCUCUUCAUAUGUCAAAAGACUGAUAUUCACCGCCUCGUACGAUCAUUGGUUCUACUGCUCCAUCCCUGGGACCCUGGCUGAUAUCAUCAACACCAAGCUUGGGCAUCUUUGGGGCCGUUUCCUGCCGCGCUUCAUGCAGAGCCUGGACAGAAUCGAGGAGCUCAUCUUCCCCACCAACCUGUGCCACCCGCUGUCGGGGGACGUGCCAAAGACAGUGAUCAGUGGGAUGCGCUGCGUGCUGCGUUCGACGUCGCUCACGUCGCUGGCGAUGCUAUCCGGGACCUCGCACGAUCUGUACGCCAUCUUGGGUGAAUGCCGUGGCCUGCGCGACCUCCACGUAGGGGAUAUAACAUUCCAUCACGAAACGCCCAGCCCUUCCUCGUUCCCGCCACUGGCCUUGAAACUCCAAUUCCUCGCCAUAACCUCCCGUGUGGACGCAUAUAUGCGCUUCGUCAAUCAGUCACCACGCGGACUCGUUGAUUUCAGCCACUUGAAGCGAUUAGAGAUCAUCAUCAGUGGAUCUUUCUUUGCGAUGGAAGCAGAUCUCGUCGUCCCCACCACACAAGAUCUGAUUCGUCGGAAUAAAGAGACAUUGCGAGAUCUCGUCCUGAAUGUGUGUCUCCAAGGUGCGCCGCCGCGUAUCAGUAUUAUCUCCUGGGAACAACAACAAAAAAGUUUGUUGGCUGACGGCAUUAUUAUUGCUAGAACGUCUAUUCGAUCUUGUCGAUCCUGCGCACAUUCGGAAGUUGGAUAUAACCAUGGCUUCCUCGCCUCGUCCCGCUUCGCAAAAUCUAAAGGCGUGGGUACGGUGGCUAACUCGGGCCUUUUCUGGCGUGACGACGUCGAUUAGCCUUGAACGAUGUCUAUUCCGACUGAAUGGGUUCAAUACCUUGGGUGAUGUCAUGGCUGUGUAUGACGAGUGGAGGAAGCUGG